GGGAGAGCCGGAAGAGCCUCUGGGUUCUUCGCUCGAGUGUCCCGGGACCGCUGGGGGGCCACCCGAGGUCAGGAAAGGGCCGCUGGGGGCAGGACAGCCCCACUCGGGGUGUCGGGGCCGCGAGUCUGAGGGAUGAGGAGGGGCCAUGGCCAGCGACGGGGCCAGGAAGCAGUUCUGGAAGCGCAGCAACAGCAAGGUCCCGGGCAGAUGGUACCGGAUGAGAAUUUGCAGGUGGCAUGUCAUCAGUUUUCAGUCCUUGCUUGGGAAACGGUCCGUGAGCAGCUGCAGGGUAGCUACCCGGUUCCCAGCAGCUCUUGGCGCCGUCGUGGUAUCCAGCAUGUGUAUGGAGCCCAGCAUCCCCCUUUCGAUCCACUGUUACACGGAACCUUGCCCAAGCCCGCCGCCAAGGUGCCGGCCUCGCCGCUGAAGGCCAAGCGGGUCAGCACCUUCCAGGAGUUUGAGAGCAGCACCAGCGAUGCCUGGGAUGCCGGCGAGGACGACGACGAGCUCCUGGCCAUGGCGGCGGAGAGCCUGAACUCGGCGGUGGUCAUGGAGACGGCCCACCGCGUGCUGCGCAACCACAGCCAGCGGCGGGAGCAGCCCCCGCAGCGGGGACCCCCGGGGCCUGCGGCCACGCCUCCGCCACCCUCCAGCAGCGACCUCCGGCUGGUGAAGUCUGUCAGCGAGAGCCACACGGCCUGUCCUGCAGGGAUUGCCCAGGCCUCGGCCCCUCUGCAGCGGUCCCAGUCUCUCCCCCACACGCCGCCCGCUGUGCUGAGCGGAGGGCCCUCCGGCCAGAGCGUCCUCAGCGGCUCAGCGCUCAGUGGGCGCGAGGCCUCCCGGCUGGACAAGUUCAAGCAGCUUCUUGCUGGUCCCAACACAGACCUGGAGGAACUACGGAAGUUGAGCUGGUCCGGAAUCCCUAAGUCUGUCCGUCCCAUGACGUGGAAGCUUCUCUCAGGUUACCUUCCUGCCAAUGUAGACCGAAGACCGGCCACUCUCCAGAGAAAACAAAAAGAAUAUUUUGCUUUUAUUGAGCACUAUUAUGAUUCUAGGAAUGAUGAAGUUCAUCAAGAUACAUAUAGACAGAUCCACAUAGACAUCCCCCGGAUGGGCCCCGAAGCGUUGAUCCUUCAACCCAAAGUGACAGAGAUUUUUGAAAGGAUACUGUUUAUCUGGGCGAUACGUCACCCGGCCAGUGGCUAUGUCCAGGGAAUAAACGACCUCGUCACUCCUUUCUUUGUGGUCUUCGUUUGUGAAUACACAGACGACGAUGAUGCCGUGGACGCCGUGGGCAUCGCCAGCGUGCCCGAGGAAGCGCUCCGCAACGUCGAGGCCGACACUUACUGGUGCAUGAGCAAGUUGCUCGACGGCAUCCAGGUGAGCCGCUGCUGCCCACAGGGACCCAGGGUGCUGCCCCACGUCCUGCCCAGCUGCCUGGCCUGGGGCCGUGCUUCCAGACCCGAGGACAACUACACUUUUGCCCAACCUGGGAUUCAAAUGAAAGUGAAGAUGCUGGAAGAACUUGUGAGCCGGAUUGACGAGCCAGUCCAUCGGCACCUGGAACAGCAUGAGGUGAAAUACCUGCAGUUUGCCUUCCGCUGGAUGAACAACCUGCUGAUGCGGGAAGUGCCUCUCCACUGCACCAUCCGCCUGUGGGACACCUACCAGUCUGAACCUGAGGGCUUUUCUCAUUUCCACUUGUACGUUUGCGCUGCUUUUCUCGUGAGAUGGAGGAAAGAAAUUCUAGAAGAAAGAGAUUUUCAAGAGCUGCUGCUCUUUCUGCAGAACCUGCCGACCGCCCACUGGGACGAUGGGGACGUGAGCCUGCUGCUGGCCGAGGCCUACCGCCUGAAGUUCGCCUUCGCCGACGCCCCCAAUCACUACAAGAAAUGAGUGGGCCCUCGGAGCAGCCUUGCCCACCUCAGGCUGCGCCUCCUGCCCUGCUUGGCUGCGGGGCCCCAGAGCUGUCCUGCUGCCAGGGGCAGGCCUUCCUGGGGGCAGCCCCAUGGUGGGGGGCUGGCCAGGUCGCCCCAGACUGCUGCCCGGGGCCUGGCAAGGAUGGGCUGGCUGUGUUCCCUGAGAUACCAAAGAGCCAGGGGAGGGUGAGGGCUGGGGGGCUGAGGUGGGGCCAGGGCUCCUCACCUCUCUGUCCUGCAGCGUCCUUGCCAAAUCACCCCUCCCAUGGCCCCAGCGGUGGCAGACCCCUCUUGGGGGCGUCCCGCUGUCCCACGAGGAGGGGCCGAGGGAGGGGGCCACCAGCCACACCUACUCUUAAAUGCAAAAGUUCUGUUGAGUGAAAGAGAAUAAAAUAUAGACAAAACAAUAAGCGACACGUUGCACUACCCUAUGAAAUCUCUGGGCCAGCCAUGAUUCUUUAAGGAUUUAACGCUUUUUAACUUUGGUGUGUAUUUUCUUUCUUGGUUUAAACUCGGCUGGAACAUAGAUGCUCAGGGCCAAGUGCCUAGAAAGGCCUGGGGACCCAGGGCUGCCCCUGGCGGUGGCCUUGCUGCCCACUCCUCACCUCUUCUGGGAGAGACAGCCCCCCGCUCAGAGGCUGAGGGGUGCAGCAGUGGGGGGACAAGCCGCACGUACCACCCCAGAGGACUCGGGCUCGCUGGGGACGCCCAGAAGCUGCACAGGCCCCAGCCCCUCUGUAAGGAAAGCUGAGUCCAGCUCAGGCACGGAAGACAGUUGUUCAGGGGCCCCACAGGGUGCGGGGCUCAGCCAGCCACGGGCCCCUGGAGCCCUGAAGGAGGCCCCUCCGGGCUCGCGGGGCUGGGUUUGCUGCUCCAGGUGCUUCCAGGCUGGCUGCCCCUGUGGCCCUCCUGGUGAGCAAAGGAGCCCCUGACCCAGCACGGGCCAGGUAUCCUCUGUGACUGCCCCUCCUCAGACUCUCCUCUCUGCCUUGUGCCGCUCCCAUUGGGAAACUGCCUGGAAGCUGCACCGGAGGCUGGGAUUACAGCUCUAGAUAGGUAUGGUGCACCUGCUCCGUUGAUAAUAAAAUAAUUGAGUCAUUACAUGUGGAAUUGAAUUGGCACAAAGUGCUGAGCAAGUGUCGGCGGCUCCCAAACCGGGAGACGGACCCGGCUUCCUUCGCACAGUCCCCAAGGGACAGCUCUCACCCCUCGUCCCGUCCCUGCCCCCACCCAGCCCAGGGCCCUCCUCCGGCCAGCACAGAGCAGCCUCCCCUGACUUGCCCUUUCCUAGCUAGGGGUGUCCGGUACAGAAGAGCUGUGUGCGGCUUUGUGCGUGGGGAGCCCCUCCCUUCCUUGGCAAAGAUGGACCCCAGGAACGUCCCCUUCUGUAGCUCAGACCACUAGGCACAGCCAAAGUGUUGGGGACACAAAAGGACCUGCCUUUUGAGGCAGUAUAUUUUUCAAAUAGAAAGGCUCUGUAAGUUAAAUUAAGCUCCGUGUGUGUUUUCUUAUGUAUGCCAACGCUCAGCUGAACGCGAGGGAGCUGGGGGACAGGCCUUUGUGUCUGGCGGGUCAGUCGGAUGAUGAAAUCGUGCUGUCAGGAGCUCAUUGUGCUGAAAACAUGGAAUAAAAAUCCACUGACAACUGC